UGUGUCUAGACUCACUUCUUCAAAUCAUUCACACACAUCUACGAAGGCACUGACGGACAUAAACACUGUGAGUAUGGCAGGCUCCUCCACCAGCCGGACAGGGAACCAACAGGUUAAUCAAAGUCCUGAAGAGAGAGGCCAAUGGGCAAACAAGGUUGAAUUUCUGCUAACUGUGGCCGGAGCUAUCAUUGGGCUCGGAAAUGUUUGGAGGUUCCCAUAUCUUUGUUAUAAAAAUGGAGGAGGGGCUUUUUUCAUUCCAUAUGUCUUGUACCUUCUUACUUGUGGUAUCCCACUUUUUGUGCUUGAGACAUCUUUGGGUCAGUACACGAAUCAGGGAGGCAUCACAUGUUGGAGAAAGAUCUGUCCUCUUUUUGAAGGAAUGGGUUAUGCGAGUCAAAUGAUAAUUGUCUAUGGCUCAAUCACCUACAUCAUCAUCAUAGCCUGGGCCUUUCUGUACCUUUUCUCAGCCUUCAGUGUGGAACUGCCCUGGGCCAGCUGCAGCAAUCUGUGGAACACAGAUACUUGUACUGUGCUUGGUGGGAAGAAUUCUAGUUCAAAGUGGAUGACUCCUCUUAAUGCCUCUUCCUCUGUGAUGGAGUUCUGGCAUCACAGAGUUUUGCGGCUGUCCAGUGGAAUAGAGCAUUUGGGCACAGUAAGGUGGGACUUGGCUCUUAUUCUGUUACUUGUCUGGAUCCUGGUCUACUUCUGCAUCUGGAAAGGCGUGAAAUCUACUGGGAAGGCAGUCUAUUUCACAGCAACAUUCCCUUAUGUUAUGCUCCUGAUACUGCUUGUACGAGGAGUCACUCUACCUGGUGCCAUAAACGGCAUCUACUAUUAUAUAUACCCAGACCUGACGCGGCUAGCUGACCCACAGGUAUGGAUGGACGCUGGUACUCAAAUCUUUUACUCUUACGCCAUAUGUCUUGGAUACCUCAGCUCUCUUGGAAGCUACAAUCAAUAUAACAAUGACUGUUAUAAGGACUCUUUCUACCUCUGCUUUCUGAACAGUGGAACCAGUUUUUUAGGUGGAUUUGCUAUUUUCUCUGUUCUGGGUCACAUGGCACUGGAGCAAGGGGUGGACAUAUCUCUUGUAGCCGAGUCUGGUCCAGGACUUGUGUUUAUAGUGUACCCUCAGGCGGUGACAUUGUUGCCGUGGUCUCAGUUCUGGGCUGUGUGUUUCUUUAUCAUGAUCAUCCUUUUGGGCUUGGACAGUCAGUUUGUUGGACUGGAGAGCAUAAUGACGUCAGUGACAGAUAUCUUUCCCACGGUGUUGAGACGUGGCUUCAGAAGAGAGAUGCUACUUUUAGGGAUUUGCCUCGUCUGCUACUUGAUGGGCUUCUUCAUGAUCACAGAGGGUGGUCUCUACAUCAUUCAGUUGUUUGAUCAUUACGUCUGCAGUGGAGCCACUCUCCUGUUCCUGGCUACAUGUCAGUCUGUGGCCAUUGGAUGGGUAUAUGGUGCUGACCGAUUCUAUGAGAACCUAGAAGACAUGAUUGGCUACAAACCCUGGCCCAUGAUGAAGUACUGCUGGCUCUAUGUCACCCCCUCUGUCUGUGUGGGCACCUUUAUCUUCUCUCUGGUCAAGUACAGUCCCUUGAAGUUUAAUAACUCAUAUGUGUAUCCAUGGUGGGCAUACGCUAUUGGCUGGUUCCUUGCAGUAUCUUCUCUCUCCCUCAUCCCCAUUAUCAUGAUCUACAAACUCUAUAAGCAGAAAGGGACCUUCUGGGAGCGUCUCCAGUUGGCUUGCACUCCAGCAGAGGAUCUACCUCAGUCUCAGAGUCUCUCAGCACAUCAUUAUACUCUGUCAUCCUGUAAAGACAGAGAAAAGACCCCAGACCACCAUUAAUAUUUAAAUACCAUUACCUCAAUUGUCCUUAAAUAUUAAAUAGCAGGUCAGUCAAUUAGUCCUAAUGGCUUAAUUAAUUAAGUUUUCCAGUUUGAAGAAAAAAAUUGUUAGGUGGCCUAGUGAAAGUUAAAUUGAUAUAUUAAAGAGGCAAAACAUUAAUGUAAGGUAUCAUCUUAAAUAACUCCAGAUAUCCUUCCUUCUGUAUAAAAUAAGAUAAUAUGGACUGUAAUCUAUUAGUGCUGUUUCUGAGCCCAAGUUAUGACAAAAUACUUUUUAUGCAGAUACUUUACAGAUGCAGAUACUUUUACUAUACAAACAUAUACUGUACAAGAUGAACAAAGCAGCCAUGCGUUUUGACAGUUGGCUGUUCUCUGAGGACAGCUUAUUAGAUUUUCUUUAUGAUUUUCUCAUGCAAGUUAACCUGCUAUAAAAUCAAUAAAGCAGUCAGGCAUUGUUUUUAAAGUAGAUCGGCUAUGAUGAAUAAAGCAGUCAUGCGUUUGGACAGUUGGGUGUUCUCCGAGGACAGCUUAUUUGGGAUUUCCUUUAAGAUUUUCUCAUGCAAGAUAACCUGUUAUAAGAUAAAUUGAGCUGUCUGGCAUUGUUUUUAUGUGAUCCCUGGUCAGAGCUUUAUUGAUAUUUCUUUCAGUGAUAUUCAGUGUUUCACAUAACUUGAGGGCAUUAUGUAAAAUUUGCUUAAUCAGCACCAAGGUUUUGGAAAGUACAAGUCACAGACAGGAAUGAUGUAUUUUUCUACUUGUAUGUUUUGUAGUAUGUAGCCUUCAGUCAUUUUUUUUAAAAACACAUAUUCUAGUUUCUUUUUAGAUUUAUCAUACAUAUAAAACAGAUUUUUUUUAUACAUAUAUAUAUAGAUUAUGUAUUAACAGAAUGUAUAGCAGAAUCUUUUUAACAUCCGUCAGAUUAGUCUACAAAUCAAACAUAUCUUUAUUUGUAUAGAAGAGAGUUUCAUGAAUUUUAGAGACACAAUGAACAGACUGAAGAGAGAAAUAGUUUUUGUUUCUGUCUGGAAAUUUUCCAAUCUCCCAGAUGAUAAAAUUUGAAACUCUAUUCUACUCCUUCUUGAUAGGAUCUGAUUACUAACUUCACAGACAAGCACCCAUUUUUAAACUCCAACAAUAGGAUUUUGUAGGUCAUAACCUCUAUGACUUCGUUUACUUAUUUCCAUAGUCAUAGAUUAAACUUAAUCCAGGAUAGCUGCACUCUGAAAUGUGGGCUUCCAUAAAAAUCCUUUGAAGUCUUGGAUCAUGAAACAUCUGUUUAGAAAACCAGGAUUAUGGUGAUAAUGAUUCAAACUGAUGUUGCUCUGCCAAAAAAAGUCACUGCUAGGCCACAUUGUGUGCUAUUUGUUUAACACUUUUUAAAGUUCUCUGCCUAACAUAUAUUCAAUAUAAUUGUAAGUAUUGAAUAUUUAAUAAUUAGCAUCACUGGCAGGAGUUAGAAAACACUCAAUGAUUUAGAAAAUUGUAUGAUCAGGUUUUCUCUAAUUCUAUUCCAAAGAAAGCAUUUCAAAUCUAUAUGCAACUAAUGCAGAGUGACUGUGUUGAAAUCAUGAUUGUCAUCUCCAAUUACAUUCAAGCUUGAUGCCAAAUAAUUAAUAACCUUUUGUGUGUCAUUUGGUGUAAUGUAAAGGAAUGUACACAUUAAAAAGUCUUAUUUCUUUAAUGAA